GAAGAAGCUGAAUAGCUGUCUAGCCGUUUGAAUGUAUGGACUGGUUAGAUGCUUAAAUCGCAAGGUUUCCAGAGGACGUAGCUACGCCACGCAGGUGAAAGAGAAACUGUGAAAGCCAAAUACCUGUUUGGAACGCCACGCGAAUUGAGUGAUCUCGUCAGUGUCAUCGUGUAGCAGGCUUCUCCACAAGGCUCAAAGGCGCACACACACCCAAAGCCAGACCCAAUCAAGUUUUUUUUGAAAGAACUGGCCCAGUCAAGUUCAUGCAGAUGCAGGUAGAUUCCUAAACAGGCAGCAGAGAGAAUGGACAUGUCCGGCGGCGGCCAUGGUUCGUUGCAGCCUGUUUGUUGGAAGCCGAAUUGGCUACGAACUGAUAGUAGCAGUAGCAGUACCGGCGGCGGCGGCACCACCACCACCACCACUGGUACCGAGACCGCCCUCUCGACACCAACGGAUGAGAUGGCGAGCCUCCUGUCAUCCAAACAAGGCGAGCUAGCUGAGGCAAUAUGGAACAUGAUGGAGGAGAUGUCCAGGACUCGUCUCACCGUCACCGACGACAACGAUGGCUCGUGGCGGGGUGUUCAAACUCCAGAAGGAUCAUCGUCGGACAUUCAUGAGCUCACUCGCGCCAUGGUGAGCUACAUCGUCUUGCUGUCCACCAAUUGGGCAACAGGUCAUCAACUCGUCGACGAAGCAGCUCAGCUCCGUGGUUAUGUGCCUAGGUUUGACAAGGUGAGCCCUCUGACCAGCCUUGUGAUGGAGACGGUGUCAUGUCUAGAGGAAAAACUUGCCGAGAAAUCGCGGUCGUUCCAAAACCAGAGCUUGAGGUUUUUAUUCUUGACCAACAACUCAUACUUCAUCUGGGAGCAGCUUUCUCCAACUUUGGUGUUGGAAUCCCACAUGGCAGCCCUUGCUCGCAAGAUCGAAAACUACAUUCAAACAUAUCUGCAGGUGUCUUGGGCACCGGUGUUGUCGUGCCUGUACAAUUCUACACCGCUUUGCAUGGGAAGGUACUCCUCUCCAGCUAAAUUUGAGUCGGAGUUUCAGAAAACCUACAAUGCCCAGAAGUUCUGGAAGGUCCCAGACCCUAAGCUGAGGAGAAGGCUCCGGGUGGCUGUUAUUGACAAAGUCAUUCCAAGCUUUCAGAAAUACUUGGAGUACAAUGGUAUCAGCCCCUUAAAAAUCACUCCCCAUGAUCUCAUGGACAUGUUGCAGGAGCUAUUUGAAGGGUGAACAAGCAAGCAAAGAGCCAAGGAAAGGAACCUAAGUUGCCACAGGUGCAAUCGUUUAUGUAUCCUUUGAGUGUUCUGUGUUUAAAUGUUUGGUUUUGGAACAAAGUAGUUGUUUCAGACGAAUAGAUUCUGAAAAAGAUGAUCACUGCAUAUACUUAUGUAUAUAAUGAUCGUUGCAUUAAGAUAGUAAUAAUAUUUGCCAAAUGUGCCAAACUAACGCGCAUGCUUGAUACUGCAACAAGAUGAUAAGAUUG